CCGAUCUGCAAGUACGGUUGAACGGACGCCUCCUCCUUCUCGAAAUCGGUUAGUUUCUUGUCAUGUAUCCUCUUUUCAUUGCUGCAUUGAUUGAUUUGUAGGAGGCGAUGAAGAAGAAGAGCCAUACUAACGUACAUUUUGACUAUGGAGGGUACUAUUCAGAAGGGAAUGAGUGGAUUUAUAAAAAUUCACUAUACGCUAUAUCGUUUAAGACGGCAUGUUUAGAGAAGAUAACUUAUUCGGUGCUAUUAGAUAAGAUCACUACGAAGGUUGGCCAGAAUGGAGUCCCUGGGAAUCUGAGACUGAGUUACAAUCUAUCUAAAGCUCGGAGAGAGACAUAUAUUGUAGAUGAUGAGGACGUAUACAUUUUUUUAACAGAAUGUGAUGAAGAGGGUCGUAUUCCAGUUUUGCAUGUGGAGCUAUUAAGUGACAAUAACCAGAGGGUGGAAGUGUUAGUACCGGAGCGUCGAAGUUCAGUUGGUGUGAAUUAUGUAGAGCUAGUGAAUGUGAAUGAAGGUAUGGAAGUUGUGGCUGUGGAAAGGUCGAUGGAUAACCAUUUGGAUGAAGAUGUGGAUGGUAUGUUUGAUUUUGAUGAUAUUCCAGCUAUUCCAAAUCGUGUAAAAGGUACUCCAAAGAAUAUAGAAUGGGAAGAUGGUACGGGUAUAGAACUUUAUCAAGAAUUUUGUUCUAAGGAGGCACUAUGGGAAUUGGUAAACAAAGCUGCAAAACAAUUAGUUUAUGGGGUUUUAACAAUUAAGUCUGACCCGUUGAGACUUAUGUUACGAUGCAAACAAUAUUCUCAAGGGUGUAAAUGGUAUUUACGAGUUGCGAGAACAAAGCAAUCAGAUUAUUGGAGUGUUAGAGUGCAUAGAAAGAUCCAUACAUGCUCGCGGUCUGUUGAGUCUACAAGCAAUAGUGUACAGAGAGGAACACCACGAUUAAUAGCAGCUGUUUUACAUGCUGACUUUCCAGGUAAUCUACAGACCCCAAAUCCAAAAAGCAUCAUGUCUAUUGUGACAGGAAGACUUGGUGUGCAUUGUUCAUACUCCACUGCAUUAAGAGGGAAAAUGCAGCAUGUUAGUGAAGUGAGAGGUGGACCAGAAAAAAGCUACAAGAUGUUGUUUUCUUAUCUCUAUAUGUUAGAGAAGGUAAAUAGAGGGACUGUAACAAGUGUGGAGUUGGAAGAGAAGAAGUUCAAGUACCUAUUCAUCGCUUUGGGAGCUAGCAUUGAAGGUUUCAGGGCAAUGAGGAAAGUGAUAAUUGUGGAUGCAACUCAUCUCAAAACUGUAUAUGGUGGGAUGUUGGUUAUUGCAACAGCUCAAGAUCCUAAUCAUCACCAUUAUCCUCUUGCAUUUGGUGUAAUUGAUGCGGAGAAGGAUGAUAGUUGGAUUUGGUUUUUCCAGAAGCUGAAAACUGUAUAUCCAGAAGUUCCUGAUUUGGUGUUUAUUAGUGACAGGCAUCAAAGCAUCAAGAAGGCUGUCAUGACGGUGUACCCGAAUGCGCAUCAUGUACACUGUAUAUGGCAUUUGUCUCAAAAUCUAAGACUCCGUGCAAAGACUGAUAAGGAUGGAGCUGCGAAGAAGUUCUUGGAGUGCGCUCAUGCUUAUACUGAGAGUGAGUUCAAUAGAGAAUAUGGUAUUUUUAGGAGUCGGUGGUCUAAUGCUGCUGACUAUUUAGAUAGAGCCGUAGGGAGAGAGCAGUGGUCUAGGUACCAUUUCCAAGGAGACAAGUACAACAUAGACACUAGCAAUGCUGCGGAGUCCAUGAACGCUGUGUUUAAGAAAGCGAGGAAGUAUCACCUCUUACCUAUGAUUGAUGCCAUGGUUGAGAAGUUCUCUGAAUGGUUUAACAACCAUAGGCAAGAUUCAGGUAAUGCAUCGAGCACAUCACAGGUUGUGCCUUUUGUGGAGAACAUAUUGCAUGCUCGAUGUUUAGUUGCUGCGAAGUUAAAAGUUGUUGAGCUUAACAGUUAUAGACAAGAAUACAACGUCAUUGAUGGGAUGUCGGUAAGCUUUUUGGUGGAUUUGAAAAUGAAAACUUGUUCUUGCAAGACAUUUGAUAUAGACAAGUAUCCGUGUGUCCAUGCCAUUGCCGCAGCAAGGUUCCUAGCCCGCAAGGAAGGGAGAAAUGCAGAUGUAAGCAUAUAUGGACUUUGCUCCGUCUUUUAUUUGAUUGAUACUUGGGCAUUGGCAUAUUACAGGACGUUGUUUGUAGUGCCACAUGAGUCAGAAUGGAAUAUUCCCGAGUCAGUUAAAGAGUUGGAGGCUGAGCCGCCGGAUUACACUCCAAAAAAAGGACGCAAUCAAGAUAAACGGUUUCCAUCUGUUGGAGAAAAACGGAGAAAGAGUAACAAAGCUGUUCCAGGAAUUAACUUGGAGAGAUGGCUACAGCCCGAGGAUCCAGAAGCAUCUUGAUUAAUUCCCUGGUUCAACCGGUACAACUGCUUUACCAA